GCGGGGGCCCGCGGGGCAGCGCGGCGGCGGCGGCGGGAGCGCGGGACGGCGGCGGCGGCGGGGGGGGGGCGGCGGAGGCCGCGCCGCGCCAUGGCCCAGCAGCAGAUGAGCAGCUCGCAGAAGGCGCUGAUGCUGGAGCUGAAGUCGCUGCAGGAGGAGCCGGUGGAGGGCUUCCGCAUCACCCUGGUCGACGAGUCCGACCUCUACAACUGGGAGGUGGCGAUCUUCGGGCCCCCCAACACGCUGUACGAAGGCGGCUACUUUAAGGCUCAUAUUAAAUUUCCUAUCGACUAUCCAUAUUCACCACCUACCUUCAGAUUCCUGACCAAAAUGUGGCACCCCAACAUUUAUGAGAAUGGAGAUGUAUGUAUUUCAAUUCUGCAUCCACCUGUAGAUGACCCACAAAGUGGAGAGCUGCCAUCUGAGAGGUGGAACCCUACCCAAAAUGUCAGGACUAUCCUACUGAGUGUAAUCUCUUUGCUUAAUGAGCCCAAUACGUUCUCUCCUGCCAAUGUGGAUGCAUCAGUCAUGUUCAGGAAAUGGAGGGACAGUAAAGGAAAAGACAAGGAGUAUGCUGAAAUCAUAAGGAAACAGGUUUUGGCUACCAAAGCCGAGGCAGAGAAGGAUGGUGUGAAGGUCCCCACUACACUGGCAGAGUACUGCAUCAAAACUAAAGUGCCUUCCAAUGACAACAGUUCAGAUUUGCUUUACGACGACUUGUACGAUGAUGACAUUGAUGAUGAAGACGAGGAGGAGGAGGAUGCCGACUGUUACGAUGAUGACGAUUCUGGCAAUGAGGAGUCGUGACCUGCUCCCUCUAUGCCCCUGUACUGCCCUGCCAACUCAGGCCAGAAGGGAGCAGCGGUAACCUAGCAGCAGUCCAGCAAAAAAGUGUGUGGGGGGGGAUCAAAAAAAAACUUUUUGUCUCCUGCUGUCUCCUGUUGUAUGGAUCUGUUUGCUCCUUUUUUAUGGACCUCUUAGAGACCCUCCACAGAAUGUCUGAAUUCUUGCAUUCUUAACCCUUUCAUCACUGUAUUAUUUCUUUUUAAGAAAGAAACUCCCCUUUUCACUUCUCUACAAAACGCUCACAGCACAACAGGUUUGCUCGCGUUUAGAUUCUUGAAUUAAAUGCAGUCUUGCAUUGAGAUGUUUAAUGUAUUUAAAGCUGGAACAAACCCAUCAGAAGCUGGGUGUUUGGGAGCUCAAGUACUGCAUUUGCUGGGAAGAAAAAAAAAAUCCACACAAAGCAAAUUGCCAAGGUUUAGCUGCUCCAUUUACAAUAAUAGCGUGUGUACAUUCGUUUAGCCUUGUGGUGGUGGCUUUUCCUUUAUAAGGUGUGGGGCGGAGAGUGUAAAGCUACUGUGUGUUGAGCUUGAUGGGAUGUCACUGAAAGGUACAGUAUUCCUUUUCAGCCUGCUCAAGUUGAAUAGUUGGCUCCUGGAGCCCCAGAGGGCACAAUCAGCUUUGUCUCUGAAAAAGGGUCGUGAUAUGAACCCUAAAAUAAACACUUAACACUUCAUGUCUGUA